AUGGCGUACAAACCCCCUCGCGCAGAGCCGAUUGCCAUCAUCGGCUCGAGCUGUCGCUUUGCCGGAGGAGUGAGCAGGCCGUCUGAGUUGUGGAAGCUUCUCCAAUCUCCAAUCGACCUGUCUCGCAAGGUACCUAUCGAGCGCUUCAAUAUUGAUGCCUUCUUCCACUCUAACGGAGAGUACCAUGGGACGACCGACUCACCCAAGGCGUAUUUCCUUGACCAGGACCAUCGAGUCUUCGACGCCACUUUCUUCAACAUUACACCCAAGGAAGCGGCUGCGAUCGAUCCGCAGCAGCGUAUGCUUCUUGAGGUUGUAUACGAGGCCCUUGAGUCGGCAGGCUAUUGUCUCCGUGACUACUCGGGGAAGAAAGUCGCGGUGUUUGCAGGCGUCAUGACCGGUGACUACGACACCCUCUCACAGCGGGAUGAACUCUAUACUAGCCAAUACUAUGCAACUGGGAAUGCCCGAUCCAUCCUGUCAAACCGGAUUUCAUAUUUCUUCAACUGGAAUGGCCCAUCCAUGACGAUCGACACUGCCUGUUCCUCAAGCCUUGUCGCUCUCCAUCAAGCAGUCUUGUGCAUCCGUUCGGGCGAUUGCGAGAUGGCCUGCGUGGCUGGGGCCAAUCUGAUUCUGGUUCCAGAACAGUUUAUUGUCGAGUCAAGUUUACACAUGCUUAGCCCCUCCGGCCACUGUCGUAUGUGGGAUAACAGAGCAGAUGGGUAUGCACGUGGAGAGGGUAUCGCAGCUGUCUUUCUCAAGCCAUUAAGCAAAGCCAUUCGAGACGGCGAUCGCAUCGAAGCUAUCAUCCGCGAGACGGGAGUCAACUCCGAUGGCCGAACGCAAGGCAUUACCAUGCCAAACUGGGAAGCCCAAUCACAUCUCAUUCAAGAUACCUACAAGAAUGCUGGGUUGGAUCCCCGUUCUGAGACAGACCGUUGUCAGUACUUCGAAGCCCACGGUACUGGAACUCGCGUCGGCGACCCCAACGAGGCCCAUGCAAUCGAGGAUGCCUUCUUCAGUCAGAAUCCUCAUACCGCCAAGCCUAAAUCCAGACUGCUAGUCGGAUCUAUCAAGACAAUUAUUGGCCAUACCGAAGGUGCUGCAGGCCUCGCAGGGCUCCUCAAAGUCGUCCUGAGCAUGCACAACAACGCCAUUCCGCCAAAUCUGCAUUUCGAGGAACUGAACCCAGAAGUCGCCAAGUACUACUCAUAUUUGCGCAUUCCAACUCAUUGCUACCCAUGGCCCGCUGUUCCCAGCGGUCAACCUAAACGUGGGAGUGUCAACUCGUUUGGUUUUGGGGGCACAAAUGCCCACGCCAUCAUUGAGGAAUUCAUUCCGGACAUCCAUAUCCCUGUCGCAAAGGCUUUUUGCAAAGGGUUGAAGAUCCCGGCGUCUCUCAAGCCCAAGGAAAAUGGUAUUGUCGAAAACAGCCGUCGGCCCUGUCUUCCCUUGUUGAUCUCAGCUCCAUCUCCGAAAGCCUUGACUGCUGUGGCCAAGUCCUACCGCGACUAUAUUUUUGGCCACCCAGAGAUCCCUAGCGAAGAGAUCGCUUGGCAUUCAGUUGCCUAUCGCACCCAUUUUCCUUUCCGUGCCUCUGUUUCUGGCCUUUCUUCUUCGGAUAUGAUUCAGAAGCUCGAAGAACUCAUCAAAGCGGGCAAUUGCGGCACUCGUGCCAAAGACAAUAUUCGACCUCCUAAGAUCCUAGGUAUCUUCACCGGCCAGGGAGUACAGUGGGCGACCAUGUCUCGUUCCUUGCUCCGAGCCUCUGAGGCAUUUGCCUCCACCAUUCGGGAGAUGGACAGCAUCCUCCAAUCCUGCCCGCAUCCUCCGCACUGGACACUCGAGGAGGAAAUUCUCGCCGAUCCAGAGCAGUCCCACGUUGAUGAGGCGCAUGUCUCUCAGCCUCUGUGCUCAGCUGUUCAGAUCGCUCUUGUUAAGCUGUUGCGGGACAUGGGCAUAACCUUCCACACAGUUGUUGGCCACUCUUCUGGUGAGAUUGCGGCGGCUUAUGCUGCAGGCAAGCUUUCGAUGCGUGAUGCCAUUAUGAUUGCGCACUAUCGUGGAAUGGGAGUCAAUGAUGUGUGCGGCAAGAAUGGUGCGUCUGGGGGUAUGCUCGCAGUCAUUGGUCUCAACAAGCAGCAGGCUGAAGAUCUGUGCUCCUAG